AUGACAGCUUCAAACUUGCAAUCUGAACCAUGCAGUGCAAUUUAUCCCUACGUUCUUCUCUCCACAUACCGUCUUCUCGUGUGCCAGGUUUGUGCGUUCGCCUCUGUAGCCGAUGAGGUUGCUACGCAUUUAAGAACACGACAUCGCGAUAUACAGUCAGAGCGUCGACAGGAGCUGGUAGAGAAGAUAAAACAGGUCCCGAAUAUUCUCCACAGUCGGGACGACCUACGUCACUAUUUACAGUACCCAACGGAUACAAUUCAACCCAUCCCGUAUCUUGCGCCGCCAAAACCAGACGGUUUGAAAUGUCGUGCUUGCGGCCAUAUUGUCCGUCGCGUCCAAAAGAUACAAAAACAUUGCACUGAAAAGCAUCAAUGGAUGAACCCACGAGGCAGGGGAAGACCAGCACCGAAUUACCCCGUAUCCGCUUACGAGCUACCAUGGGAGGAACAUGUCGCAUGUCAACGAUUCUUUCCUUCUCGUGAAGGUAGCAAAUGGUUCCAGGUCAACAUGCGGAUAAAGGAACAGGCGAACAGACCAGGAGCAAAACCUAGUGCCAAGAAACCACAAGGAACGCUCCAGGCCCUAACAUCUGAGGCAUCUAUCCAUCUACAACAAGUCAUAGAGCGGGACACUCAAUAUCGGGAAGCCUUAAGUCAGCCACGAGCAACCGUUAAUGACGCAGGCACCAAUACAUUCCCUGCUAUAAGCUUGUGGCUAGAUAGGACACAAUGGCCGUCGAUCUAUCGAGGUUCCCGUCGAGAUGUUCUAUGA